CUUAAUAUUUAUCAUCUUCAUUAUUUAAAAAUCUAUAGUUAAUAAUAGUAGAGUUGUUGAAGCAAACUAUAUUAGUUAACAAUCUACACAUCGUUAUAUAGAAAUUAAGGCUUUUCAGAUAAUGUUCUAAUUUCUGAAUACAAUCAGUUUUCUAAAAUUUUAAGAUCCCGAACUAACUCUUGUUUUUUUUUAUAAAGUUCGGAGUAGACUUGUUCGUGUAUAGUAAUCUAGUUUUCUUAAAAUUUGUAUAUAAUCUUUUGUUGUGUUAGCCUCUUAAAUGAUAUCAGAUUGUACUGUGAACGUGGCAUGUAUCUCAGAAUAGUUCUAAUUGUUUUUAAUCUUGACAUUUUGACAAGUAAUCAAAAAUAUCAUAAGACUGUUUGAGUCUCAAGUUAACAUAUAAAUAUACACAUAUACUAUCAACAUAAUACACUGUAAUUCCAAGUUACAAAAUUUUCCAAAUCUUUGUUAAUUUUAGUAAAAAAAAAAUCUAUUGUAUUAACCUAUACCACGCAAAAACAUUAAAAAAAAACAUGUUAUAUAAUAUAUCUUCAAGACAAUAUUCAAAUGGUGAUACAAUACCUUUUCUUUCCCAUUGAUUUUCUUUUAUCAUUUUCUCAUUUUAUUUAAACAUACAUACAAUUGUCCCAUUUUCUUUUACUAUGAAGUGUUUGAAAACAUUAUUCUCAAUGAUUAUAAUUGUAUCGUGUCAUCUGGAAUACGGAGAUGGCCGGAGGAUUCUAAGGAUCAAAGAUUUCAUAACUGAUACUAACCAUAAAAACGUUGAUUAUUCACAAGUAUUUCAAAAAGCAUGGAAAGGGUUAUGCGAAGGUGAAGGUGAAGGGACUGGCGGGUCAUCGCUAGUGAUAAAUGAGAAUGAAAAAUACACUAUACAACCACAACUGUUUGAAGGUCCAUGCGUAUCUUCUUACAUUCAUAUUCAGAUCGAUGGGAAAAUAGAAGCGCCGAAGAGACCAAAACAGUGGGGAAACAAACGAACUGAGAGUUGGUUAAUGUUCAAGAACGUGGAAAGUCUCUUCAUCAACGGCUCAGGUGUCCUUGACCCCCAUGGAGAAACUUGGUGGCGAUCUGUUCGUCACUCUAAACGACCCAGAACACUUAGCUUUAAGCAAUGCACCGACAUAAUAUAUAAUGGGCUAACUCAAUACAAUAGUCCAAAGAAUCACAUUUCAGUCUAUGGUUGCACCAAUGCAACUUUAUCAAAUCUUACUUUGCUAGCACCCGAGAAGAGUCCAAACACUGAUGGCAUUGGUAUUUCUCUUUCACACAAUAUUCGUAUCUUAGACUCGUCUAUCCAAACUGGUGAUGAUUGUAUUGCAAUUACUGGUGAGCGUGGUGGUUCUUCCGACAUCAACAUUACUCGUGUGGCAUGUGGUCCAGGUCAUGGUAUCAGCAUUGGAAGUUUGGGCAAAGGUGAUAUAGAUGACACUGUUGAGAACGUGAUCGUAAGAAGCUGCAGCUUUUGGGGAACUCAAAAUGGGGCAAGAAUCAAGACUUGGCAUGGAGGAAAAGGGUUAGCCAAGAAUAUAUUAUUUGAAAAUAUUACGGUAACAAAUACUAAAUACCCCAUAAUCAUCGAUCAACAUUACUCUAAUGGUGGCACUGGUCAUGUCAAGGGGAAUGCGGUGAAAGUAAGCGACGUAACAUUCAGAUAUAUUGAAGGGACUUCAGCAAGUAAAAUUGCAAUAAAGCUAGACUGUGAUGAAAAUCAAGGGUGUCAUAACAUCGUGAUGGAACAUAUCAAACUCACAUCUGCAAAGCCGGGGAAGAAACUCUCUGCAUAUUGUAAAUUUGCAGAUGUGAAAGCUUCAUUCGUUAACAUCCAUAUAAACUGUGGUUUAUAUCCUCAACUUUUGCCGUUGUUUCCUUCUCUUCCAAAAAUUAUUUAGCAACAUAUACAAAGGAAACCAAAAGCUCUUGGCCUAGUGGUAUUGGAACUCCGGCUGCAGUGCCCGCCCUGGGUUCGAGUCGCCUUGGCCACCUUCCCGCCUAUAACCGUGCGUACCCGGAUGGAAGGCCUCGUGGAGAUUAGUCUGGGCUUACCGCCUGGGAACCCCACGGUCAUCAAAAAAAAAAACAUAUACAAAGGAUAUUUUUUUAACUAAAAGCAAUUAGUUAUUU